AUGUCCGACGUUCGAGGAUGCUCAAGCCAAAGAUUGGCCCAGAUCCGGCUGGAAGAAGACAUGCAAUCCAGAAAGGCUUAUGCCCAUGCCGACAGCCGGAAAGCAACGCCUAACAAGCAAGCCCCCUGGCGUCAAAAGCCUUAUGAGCGCCCGCAGCAGGUCCAUAGCGUCCGUCAUGAUGGGCCAGUCAAUGAUUGGAAGAAUGAUCCCGGUCUUCCCCCCAAGCUAAGCGAAUAUGGUUUCAACGUCACUAUGGGAGGUAUCAUCAAUACUUUACAUUCUUUAGGUUCUGCUGUUAAAUGGCCUUUCAGGAAUGAGAAGUCGACGGCUCAUCGCGACAAAUCCAAAUGGUGCGAAUUCCAUGGAGACCAUGGGCAUCACACUGACGAGUGCGUCGCUCUAAGGCGAGAAGUAUCCCACCUGCUGAAGCAAGGAUACCUAAAAGACUUGCUGACGGAGAAAGGUAAGCAGACGGUGUCGAAAGAUGACGAUCGACGUCAACCGCCGUCAUCCCCACCGCACGUCAAGGUAAUCAAUGUCAUUAGUGGUGGUUCAGAUAUCUGUGGACUAACAUAUUCUGCAGCUAAGCGGCAUGCACGAGACGGUCUGAAUCAAGACGCCGUCCCUAAAGAACUUCGUCAUCCUCGUGACAUCGAGCUGGAAACCAUGCCAAUCACCUUCGAUGACGCCGAUCUCGGUGACGACAGGGACAUACACCAUGACGGCCUGUUCAGCAAACAUCCUGAUGAGAGGCGCUUGGAGGACAUGGGGAUCGAUGAACGUGACGUUAUCCGCAAAUCUACCGUCCUUGUCGGAUUCAGCGGAGAAUCCAAGCACACCAUGGGAGAAGUGACCCUGCCCACCUUCGCCAAGGGAGUUAACAUGCCAACUAAAUUUUAUGUCAUUGACUGCCCUUCUUCUUACAUGUGA